UUCUCCUUCUCCUCUGCUCUUUCUCUCCCAUAUAAAAGGCGCCAUUUGCACUCCGCACCGUUUAAAAACCCCCAAACCCUCAAAUCUUCACUCUUCUCUUCUUCAUGCCAAAAUGCUUUCCCGUGCAUAUACAACGGACACACAAUCCAAAUCUUCCGAUAUCGCCGCCACUAUCCUCGCCGCCGCAUCGCCGCCGCAGAUCCUCGCCGCAUGUGACGCCGUUGAAUCGUUUCUACAUAAACAUACAGCUGACCAAACCCGAUGGUUCUUCUCCAUCACUUUUCCAACCCUAAUUUGUAAAAUAUUCGGGUUUAAUGAAUCUUCGGGUUCUUCUUCGGCUGCUGUAAAGUCAUCGUCUCCGUCUGGUUGGAUUGAUAUUGCUGCUUUAGCUAAUGAUUCUCAGCUCGCAGAUAGAAUUUUCAGCUUAUUAUCCCCCACUGGGGUGUUGCUAUCUUCUAUUGCGGCUGCGGAUGGGUUGUCUCUGGUUAAAUAUGUAUUUCCUGUAGAAAGGUUACCUGAAUGGGUUCGUUAUAUGCUUCAAAACGAGAGAGAUUCACGGGUUUUGUCUGAUUUGUGCCCAUUAUUCAAAAAUAGGUUGAAAGAGGACUCCGUUAAGGGUUCUUCAUUUCAGGUUCAGUUGAAUGUAUUUGAAUAUUACAUGUUCUGGUUUGUCUAUUACCCUGUUUGUCGAGGUAAUAGUGAGGGCCCUCAAACAGUAAGAGUUAGGAGAAGCAAAAGGUUUAGACUGGAGAAUUGGGCUUAUUCGAUUCCAGGUUUGUCAAGCACCAAACGUGGGUUGGAGCAGAAGAAUGAGGGCAAUUUGUAUAUGCGUCUCUUGUAUUCAUAUCUCCGUGCAUAUGUGCCUGUCGGUGAUGUAAAGUCACAUCAACCCUACAGGAGCUCACUGCUUCAUUACUCUUUUGCCUAUGAUACUCCAUUUGUUGAAAAAGCAGAGUUCUUGGUCAACACUCUAAUACAUUUCUGGUUAGUUGAUAAUGAUUUCUCUCCAUUGCCUAUGAAUUUGUGUAAAUCAUUUGGUGUGUCAUUACCCUUUCGAUCGCUAUUUGGCGAGACUCCUCCGACUUCAGGAUUAGGUGAAGUAGUAAACGUGUUUGUCAAGUAUCUAAAUCUGAGUUCAAGUGCACCAAGUGAUGGAGCUGACCAGGUUGACUACACUGAAAGUCCUAGGUGGAAAGUUGGGGGGACAUUUAACGCUACUCAGUCAAGAAAUGUUGUUCCUGUCGUGGAUUCUGGGAACUCUUGGAAUUCGUGGAUUCAGAGGCCAUUGUACAGAUUUAUAUUGAGGACAUUCUUGUAUUGUCCUGUGGAAAGUUCUAUUAAAAAUGCAUCACAGGUGUUCACCUUGUGGGUUAGUUACCUAGAGCCCUGGACUAUUUGUAUGGAAGAAUUUGCGGAACUUGAUGCAAAUUUGGCAAAGUGCAAUAAAAGUACAUUGAAGGAUGUUACCCCAUCAACUCCACAUGGCUAUACAUCUUCUUGGCAAGCUUUUGUAUUAGCUAACUACUUAUACUACAGCUCUUUGGUCAUGCAUUUUAUUGGUUUUGCUCACAAGUUUCUUCACACGGAACCAGAAGUGAUAGUCAAGAUGGUUUCAAAGGUGAUAACAAUAUUAACCUCAUCUUCAGAACUGGUGAACCUCAUAAAAAACGUAGAUACUGUAUUUCAUUUGAAACCAACUGGAUCAUCGAAAGGAGUGCUUAAUGCUUUGCAUAGAUACGUACCUGCUAUUCGUGAGCAGUUACAGGACUGGGAAGAUGGCCUAUCUGAAACUGAUGCUGAUGGUUCUUUUUUGCACGAGAACUGGAACAAAGAUUUACGACUCUUCAGUGAUGGUGAAGAUGGUGGACAGAAGUUGCUUCAGCUGUUUGUUUUGCGAGCAGAAUCUGAACUGCAAUCAAUUGGUGGAGAAAAUCUUUCCCAAAACCUCCAGUGUUUGGAUAGACUGAAAUCCGAGCUAUGUCAGUUAUUUGGUGGCCCUAUUUUGAAGCCCAUGAAUACGACAGAGACUCUACAAUGUGGGCACCUGCGGGAUGAAAUCUUUAAACCCCGAAGUUUUGCCAAUAGAGCAAUGGUCGAUAUUAAAUACAAGGGUGAUUGGAUGAAGCGGCCCAUCUCAGAUGAUGAAAUUGGGUGGCUGGCAAAGGUGCUUGUAAAGCUAUCAGGCUGGUUGAACGAGAGUCUUGGGUUGAACCCAGUUGAGAGCAGCCAAGAUAGUCCUUCUUGGUCGUAUCUCGACUUGUCCACUGAUGCUAGGAGUGAGUAUGGUCCCAUGGAAAUGAUGAAAGUUGUGUUUUGCUCUUUUAUUUCCUGGCUUCUUAUGUUACGGGGAGCUGGUGUGACGUUCAUGAGAGAGCAUGGCGUCAGGGUGAAUCUCAGGGUUUUAGCAUCAAAGAAGGUGGUAGUUGCGUUGCUAAUCGUUGCUGCUUUCAGUCUACUCAGGAGAACUUUUCUCAGAGUUGGGUAGUGUUUACAUGGGAGAUCAAGCAACAUAACAGAAUUAAGAACAAAAAAAUAGGUCUAGGAAUGAACCCAAAAAGAACAGAAAUACUCAACUGAGAGAGAGAGAACAAAAAGAAAGGUAACAAAGAAAAAGCCUGUGGCUUGCAAGGUUUGGUUUUGUUUUGUUUGUAAAUGGGCUUAUUUUGUGCAGCAUAGAGAUUUUCUCGUAACAUGGUUUUGCAGCCUUCAGUUCUUCCAAUGUUCUUGCUCCUAGCUGAAACAAUUAGCUUUCUCGCGCUUUAUCAAUUCCUGUGCACCCAAAACUGUCUCAUUGGGGGUGGGAUUAUCACUGCUCCUAUGUUUUAUUGUUAAACCGCAGGUGAAGGUGAAGAAUACUUGCAGAUCGUUUCAUUAGACUCUAAUUGGGCAAACUAGCAAAUGUCUUUUUUUUGGUUGGUUUCUGCAGAACAUGUUUGUUGAAUAAAAUAGUUGCUUUUUUGUUGUAAAA